GGAGGUUGCAAGAUGCCAUCGGCCACAACGAUCACGCUGCACGUCGUGCUGCCCAAGGGCGGGCGCGAAGAGCUGGUCGUCGGCCACGACGAGUCGGUGCGCGUUCUCAAGCAGCUCCUCAUGGCGCGGACCGGCCUCGCCCCGGACGAGCAAACGCUGUACUUCAAGGGCAUGCUACUCGACGACGACGUGGUGCUGUCCUUUUACGAUAUUGCGGAUGGCUACACACUGCGCCUUGGUCGGACGCGCGGCCGGUCGCACCUCGUGUCGACGCUGCACGUGCGCACACUGAAGGCUCAUCCACCUGUGGCGCUGCGCGGGCUCAAGAGCUGGCGCGCCGUCGUGCGCAGUGUCCAGUGGAUCGUCUGUCUCUGGCGGGCGUCAACUAGUCGCCGCGGGACCUGCCGAAAACUAUCGAUGCGUCCUCAUGUCGAGCACGGAUUUUCCUACGACGUGUCGCCAGCAUCGCAGACUUCGCUGACCGCCGGCGCGUACCAAGCGCUCCUUCGAGCCCCGCACGAACGGGACGUCAACGACGCCUUGGCCUUGACACACUGGCUGCUCUCGCUCGGUAAAUGUACACCGUACUUGAUUGCCGAGUGCAUCUCCUCGCAUGACGUGACGCUGUCGAUGGAGCUGCGCACGUGCGCGGCCGGUGACUGUGUGUUUAAGCAAGACGACGUCGGGGACUGCCUCUACAUCGUCUUGCACGGCUCGAUCACGAUGGCCAUGCACGGCUUUGGCUGCAUCGGCCGCUUUGGGCCAGGUACCUUGUUUGGUGACGGCGCGACGCCGGCGAUCGCCGCCGACGGCCUCCUGCAUCGGACCGCGACGGCCCUCAUCGACUACGAUGCGAUUGUGACCCAGAUUGCCGUGCUUCGCCCGACCCCUGCGGUUGCAGUGCUCCGGCACCAAUUGCACAACAUGCUGCGCGUCAAGCUCAAUUAUUUGCACAAUAUUGCCUAUUUUCGCGACUUUUCGCGCGCGAGCAUGGUGCGGCUCGCCUACAGCUGCACGUACACGGCGUUCACGGCCAAGACGCCGCUCGUGGCCCAAGGCGACCCGAUUCCCGCGCUCUUCCUCCUCGUCGCCGGCACGCUCACGACGAUCACGCAUCUGCCCAACGCGACGACCAAGGUGCUCGAUAUGCUGGAAGCACCGCAGCUGUGCGGCGAAGAACACUGCGCGGGCAAGACUUGGUCCAGCGUCACCGUGCUGGCCAUGCCGGGUGCUGUUGUCCUUGCGCAAUGCGCACCAACCGAUGUCUCACGUCCGUAUGCUGGACUGCGCCCGAGUCCCCGCAUGCGACGCCUCCAGGCACUGCAUCACUUUCAAGAUGUCCAAUUCCGCGACAACCGAGAAGCCAAGAAACGCAGCGAGUCGGCCUUUCCGUCGACGCACAAGACGCUCUCGAUGCCGUUCUUAACGCCAUAAGUGAAGCAUUGCCCGGUUGUUUUACGGCACA